ACCUCCCCUCCUUCUCUUUUACGCCGAUUGUCGGUGCCAGAUCCCGCGCCCUCCCACCACCCUCCGAGGUUUCUUUAGAUCUCUCCUAUCCAAAUCAUGACACAUAUAUAUUAGGGAUUUCUUUGAGGGCUGUGAGUGCGUGGAGGUGGUGGAGGGAAGCUCCGGAUUCGCCGUGCACGGAGGAGUGUAUGAGGGAUUUGGAGUGCGGGGAUUUGUUCGUCUGGGAUAAUUCGAGGAGGAUUAGGUGGGAUUGUUCGUUCACCAUCCGGAGCCGAGGUCGGUGGGGGAAAUGCGGAUGAAUUCUUUGAUGGUUUUUGUGAGACCGUUAAGAAAUCAUGCAGCCUGAUCAUCGCAAGAAAAGUUCAACAGAGAUGGAGUUCUUCUCUGAAUAUGGUGAUGCAAAUAGAUACAAGAUUCAUGAGGUAAUAGGGAAAGGAAGUUAUGGAGUUGUUUGCUCAGCAAUUGACACUCAUACCGGUGAGAAGGUUGCUAUUAAGAAAAUACAUGAUAUUUUUGAACACAUUUCUGAUGCUGCACGGAUUCUGCGUGAGAUAAAGUUGUUGAGGCUUCUACGGCAUCCAGACAUUGUAGAAAUUAAGCACAUUAUGCUUCCACCUUCUAACCGGGAAUUCAAAGAUAUUUAUGUUGUUUUUGAGCUAAUGGAAUCAGAUCUUCAUCAAGUUAUCAAGGCCAAUGAUGAUUUGACUCGAGAACACUAUCAGUUCUUUCUUUACCAGUUGCUCCGGGCCCUAAAAUAUAUACACACCGCUAAUGUCUACCAUCGUGAUCUCAAACCAAAGAACAUUUUGGCCAAUGCAAACUGUAAACUCAAAAUAUGUGAUUUCGGAUUGGCCAGAGUGGCUUUCAAUGAUACACCAACAACAAUCUUUUGGACGGACUAUGUCGCUACCAGAUGGUAUAGAGCUCCAGAGUUGUGCGGCUCAUUUUUCUCCAAGUAUACUCCUGCAAUUGAUAUAUGGAGUAUUGGCUGUAUAUUUGCCGAAGUUCUAAGUGGAAAGCCCUUAUUUCCGGGAAAAAAUGUAGUUCAUCAGCUGGAUUUAAUGACAGACCUUCUUGGGACACCUUCAAUGGAUACUAUUUCACGAGUGAGGAAUGACAAGGCAAGAAGAUACCUCACCAGUAUGCGGAAGAAACAGCCUUUGCCUUUUUCACAUAAAUUUCCUAAUGCCGAUUCUCUGGCCCUCCGCCUUCUUGAAAAGCUUCUGGCUUUUGAUCCAAAGGAUAGGCCCACUGCUGAGGAGGCACUUGCUGAUCCUUACUUCAAGGGACUUGCCAAAGCUGAGAGGGAACCAUCUUGCCAACCAAUUUCUAAACUAGAGUUUGAGUUUGAGAGGCGAAAGGUCACCAAGGAGGAUGUAAGGGAGUUGAUAUUCAGGGAGAUACUAGAAUAUCACCCUCAACUCAGAAAAGAUCACUUAAAUGGAGAAAGAGCCAACUUUCUAUAUCCAAGUGCUGUUGAUCAAUUCCGGAAACAGUUUGCUCACCUGGAAGAAAAUGGUGGUAAAGCUGGGCCUGUGGCUCCUGCAGAGAGGAAACAUGUAUCUCUUCCUAGGUCUUCAGUUAUACAUUCCAGUUCCACUACAAUCCCUCCUAAGAAACAAUCUAGUUCGAAAGACCGGCAAACUGCAGAGGAGUCCAGCAAUGGAAACUACAGACAACCUGAUGGUGGUCCCUGCAGUCUGCCGAGAACCUUGCAAUCACAACAGAGGACAUACCCAGCAGCAAAGCCAGGAAAGGUGGUGGGUCAAAUAUUGCCAUGUGAGACUGGAAAUAUGGUCAGGAAUGCGCAGAUGAUGCCGUCGGUUUAUGGCUACCAGAGAUGUGGGGUGGCUAAGCAGCAGGAACGACCGACUGAAAAUCGCGAGCCGUCUAAUUCUUCUGCGCACAUGAAACAGCAGAUGCUUCACUGUGGAAUGGCUGCGAAAUUAGCACCAGAUGUUGCCAUCACCAUUGAUACCAGCCCUUUCUAUGCGACCCGAGCAGGCAUCAAGGAACCCGCCGAUCCUGUCACUGAUGGGAUCGGGGCCCACACUAACCUGCUACAGCGUGCCAAAGCUCAAUAUGGUGCUGCGGCGGCUGCUGCUCAUAGGAAAGUGGGGACUGUUCAGUUUGGCAUGUCAAGGAUGUAUUAGGGAUGAUGAGUAAAGAGAGAGAGGAGGAGAGUGUAUAGAGAAAAGCUGGGCUUUCUUCUGUUACUUUGACACUGUUUGCUUCUUAUUUUCCCAUUGUGGGGAUUACAUACUUAGUAAAAUUGAAAUUCAAGAUUCUUUUUAUUCCAUUUUUUCUUCCCUCUCUUUACUGUGCCAUAUAUCACCGUAGUUAGUUGUUACUAGUUUGAAGUGCUUCUAUGAACAUAUGCUAAAAUGGGAGCACAAUUGAGGCAACAGUUGUACACUAUAAUGUCUGAAUGAUUCAGCACUUAAUGGUUCAGACUGUUUGUUUCAGCCUCUUAAUGGUUCAGAUGUCUGAAUGGUUAAGAGAUUUGCCUCUGAAUGGUUAAGUAUUAUACAGAGUCUGAAUGGUUAAGAGCUGUUAUCUGAAUUGAUCAGACAUUUGCCUCUGAAUAGUUAAGCAAUAUACUAGCUCUUAAUGGUUCAGACCUCUUACUGGUUCAG